ACUAUGUACAACUGCCCUCCGUCUUGACACUACCGUAUGAGUCGAGCGGGUCGGCUUGCACAGCUGAUGGAUGCGUUCGCCCCAUGCAUGCGUGUCAGACACUAGCCGUCUAGCCACGUCUUAAGCACCGAUGCGCGGAGGCGCGAUUAAUAGUCGUCUGUACGGCAUCAGCAACACAACCUCGGCACAGGUCUCCUGUCCGCCAAGGUCCUUCACACCCGAGGAGGACGCGCGGGCGACCACCAUCGCCAAGGCAAUAUGCUCUGGCGCCAUUGUCAGCGUCCGGCUCAUCGGGGUCAACCUCGCAUUCGUGUCACCGUCAGCAUCUAUCCCGGGGCCUCCCAAGAUUGAGGUGGACAAGACCAAGCCUGUCCAAAGCGCAUGGGCCCCCUUCCGGCCAGCUCCUCCGGCGCCGUACAAGCCUUUCAUCCUUAACAGCCCCCCGUGCUUACUGGUGCCCCCGCUGCCUACGUCCUCCAUUGAGACGUACCAGUGGACCAACAAAUUCAUGCUGGCGAACCCGCCGCUGUUUAAUGUUGACCCCGAUGAGCCGGAUGUUGACCUGCUGGCAGAUGUCUGCAACUUCUGCCAGUUCAUCUAUGUCACCGUGAGCUUCCCGGGGCCUCCCAAGGUGGAGGCGGACAAGGCCAGCCAUGUGCGAAGCUCUUGGGCUUCCUUCCGGCCGGCUUCCCCAGCACCUUACCGGCCCUCCCUCAACAGCCCCCCGCGCUCACCGGCGUCCUCGGUGGCCAGCGGGCCCCUCCGCCACAGCCCGCUGCCCACGUCUCCCAUUGAGACGUACCAGUGGACUAACCGAUUCAUGCUGGCGAACCCGCCACUCUUCAACGUGGAAUCGGCCACGCCGCCCGACGCCGUCAAGUUCUUCAACACCCUUAAAACCGAGCUGGCAGCCAAGUACGGUGUGGAGGGGGGCGGAGGCGGUGGCGCAGCCAGCGCAGCAGAAGGCGGCGCAGCGGGGGCGGGCGCCGCCGCAGGCACCACCGCCGGAGGCGGCGCCGCGGUCGUCGUGGGCGGUGGCUUUGGCAGCGGCGCCCUGGGCGGCUCGCCUGUGCUCCUGCUGGCGAUUGCGGGUGGCCUGGGUCUCGUGCUGCUGCUGACGGUGCUGGUGCUACUGCGGGUGACGUCGGAGCUGGGGCACAGCGCGAGGGCGUUUGAGGCGCUCACAGGCGCCCUGGACGCGCUGCCGAGCCGGCUGGCGGCGGUGGCGCAGCAGCAGGCCCUGGCGGCGGCACAGGUGGCACAAGCAUGCCCCUUUGACGGCAGCGGCGGCGGCCGACGCGGCAGCGGCGGUGAUUUCGGGCAGCCAGUAGCAGUGCCUCCCCUGAGCGCCACCGGCAAACGGGGCAUCGCUGCCGCUGAGGGACUUGAAUGUGCUUGCUUACUUACGUAUAUGGGUGGAUGUGAGGUGGGCGGGACGUUCGGGCAAGCUGCAAACCUGCCGCAACCAUGGAUUGCGAGUGGGGCAAGCGCGAGUGCGUGGGUACUGAAGUCGGGCCCCCAUAUGUUUGCAACGUGGGCGCUUUGUGCCAGGUAGGGACCUUGCAUGCGCGCGACACUGGCAGGCGGACCAGGCUAUGACUGAUUGCGGUGCAGGGCGUGAGAUGCGACCGUGUGAGCUGAAGUCCCGAAUGGUGUUUUGGUGAUGGAAACUGCCAGAAGGCAUUCAUGAAGUGUUUUGUGGUAGAAUGCCCAACGCCGGAGGGGCCGAGGAUUAGCCCAGGGACGAGGA